AUGAGGACAAUUGCUUGGGUGGAAUCGAGUCAAGUGAAGAGAGCGGGUUUGUUGGCGGCGGUGCUGAACCGAAACGGUGAGCCGCCUGAGUUUGGCGAUUGCAUUGCUCGGUGGGGGACGGUGAAUUGUGGACGUAUGCAGCCGAUGGAAGUGUUGAUCCUCGCGCGGGAAGAAGACUUUAUGAAAGGCAAUAAGUUCGAUUUGAUUCGUGACUCUAAGGCGUUUAAGUUGUUCCGUAAGGCUGGUCUCAACACCUGCAAGACCCAUGAAAUCCAGGGGGUGGUAGCUGCUGCCUUGAUGGAUUUCUUGGAAGAAAUAAAGCCAAGUGAGCAGGUGAGCAAAGAGUUAUGUUUUGAAAUAUUUUGCCAGAAGUUCAGCGACAUUCAGGCGCUCAAGACUAAGAGGAGGCCGUUCUACAUUAGCGACUUCCGCCCGUUAUACCGGAUCCAACUGGACCGGUUGCAGAAGACGUCCCUGGUAAGCAAGUGGGACCCCGUGCUUAAGAGAAGCGUUGAGCAGACUGAAUUAGAAGCAGAGCCCUUAUUGGGUGAACUAAGCCGACUGGCGCCGUGUUCUCAAGAAAAGUCGUUCUUCAUGAGACUGGCCGUGGGCGGCACGGCGGCUGCUUUGACGUACGCCGUCUGCGCCUGGGCCUUUGAUGUGUUUAAUAAUUCGCCCCAGACAGAGACGAUACACAGUGUGCCGGACAAUGAUCUACUUUGCCCCUCGGAUGGAUUUUUAGAUACGGAGCGAGCACAGGCGAUAAGCGAAACAAAGGUAAAUAACUUUUGGCGAGUCGUGGAUCACGCGACGACUCGAGGAAUUAUUAAUCCAGGUAUCAACGUGAGUCGGUUGCCCGUGACCGAAUUACUAAGCACAGAGGAUAGACGUCGGGUGGCGAUGUUCCGGAAGGGUAUCGAUCAGCUCCAACAAAUGAAUUUGGCGCCCGAGAAUAAAUAUGAGCUGCAGGAACAGAGUCGUGCUUUGGCGGAGACACUAUCGGAUAUUGUGUCAUCGCGCGGAAUUGAUUUACCUAGUCUGGCGUUGUCCGACGAUGAGUGCAAGCAUGUAUUUUGGAAGACCAAGGAGCAGAUCUAUGAAAACCCCGUGGCGCCUCGAAUUCCGGAAAGCGGCAAAGUUGUGUGUCCGGCUGCCGGUACCUACUACGGACAGAUCCAGCCUCAAUGCUGGUACUUCGGAGACGAACACAGUGCGCCAUUCCGUGAAGUCUACUUAUCCGUCACCAAGGUGAUUAAUGGAACACUCAGUCAGUGCGGUGUCUAUUUCGAUUCACCGGACGAAAAACAACAGGCCCGACACCAUAGGAUAAUGGGCACAAUCCCACCGCCAACACCUCUCUUACUACCAUUACCUGACGACCAAAAUGACUUUUGGAGACCCGAAAAAGAUUUGGGCCGACUCGCAGAGGUCUUCGAUAUGGAUCUCAGAUGCUCAGGCGUAUGCAGCGAACUACCUAAUGCCCCAAACUGCUCAUAUGAAAAUACUCUCCCAUUACACAACUCAUGCUCAUGCGAUUACAGUCACGCCGAAUGUCUCGCAGCCCAUCCGGACCAUCCAACAGUCCUCAUGCACAUAGGUGCCGAGUCUGUUGGCGGUUCCAUGAGGCAUGUAUUCAACGGGGCCUUCCAUGAAAAGGCCAAGCAAUGCAUCUGGCGUUGCUUAAAAUACAACCCAGCCAAAUACAACUACCAAUACCACGACCCACUAGUGUGA